GGGGGAGCCGCGGCGGCCGCUUCUGUGCGCCGUGGAGGGCUGGCUCCCGCGACGCGAGCCGGCGCUGCAGAAGAGAGAGAAAAUAAAAACAUCCAAGUACUACUCUAUUUGUGGAACUCCACUAAGCCUGUCCGUGGUGCCCCCAUGUUGUGCUAGGGCUUGAACUCAAGAGUCUCAUGCAUGGAAGGCGUGCAUUCUACUGGAAUCUGCAAAAUGGCUGAUAAUUUGGAUGAAUUUAUUGAAGAGCAAAAAGCUAAAUUGGCCAGAGACAAAGCAGAAUUGGAACGUGAUCCACCUUACAUGGAAAUGAAGGGAAAGGCAUCUGAGAAACUUUCCGAAAGCAGUAAAAUACUGAUUUCCAUGGCUAAGGAAAAUAUCCCACCCAACAGUCAGCAAACCAGGGGUUCCUUAGGAAUUGAUUAUGGAUUAAGUUUGCCACUUGGGGAAGAUUAUGAACGGAAGAAACAUAAACUAAAGGAAGAAUUACGGCAAGAUUAUAGACGUUAUCUUUCUCAGAAAAAUUUUCUAUCCACAAGUGAACUAGAUCCAUCUACUUUGGGAGUUUCGCUUCCUAUAGGUGAAAGGUUAUCUGCCAAGGAAAGGUUAAGACUUGAACGCAACAAAGAAUAUAAUCAGUUUCUUAGGGGUAAGGAAGAAUCCAGUGGAAAGUUUAAACAGCAAGAAAAGAGUAUUCAGCACAAGAAUCAAAGAAACACUAAGUCUGUUAGUGAAGUCAAGCCUGAUUUACCUUCACAAAUACAGGCAUCUGUAGAAAAUUUAGAGAGUCUUAGGAGAGGUGUCUUGACUCCUUCAGAGGCAUAUGAAGAGCUUUUAAACCAAAGACGACUAGAGGAGAACAGAUAUCGACAACUAGAUGAUGAAAUUGAGUUAAGAAAUAGAGGAAUCAAGAAAACUACUGAAGAAGUGGGCAUUUCCAAUAAGAAACAUCAACGAUUUGCCAAUAAGGCUGACGUCCCAGACAGAAGAUUACGCAGGCUUAACGAGGGUCACGUUUUUGAUAAACAGCAUUAUAGACUAGAUCAAGAUCCUGAAGUAAGUGAAGAAAUGGAUGAGAGAUUUAGAUACGAAAGUGAUUUUGAUAGAAGACUUUUGAGAGUACAUACAAAUGACAGGAUAUGUGAGAACAAGCGAGGGAAUGUGCCGCCUAUGGAGCGUGGUGGUGAUGUCACAGAAAAAUCUCACAUCCGAAUUUCAUCUGCUGGAAAUAAAAGUGUUCAAGAGAGUGAGCCAUUCAACUCUACUAACAGAGAGAUCUGUAGUCCUUUUGCGGGGAUGCUCUUUGGAAGUGAAGAUAGACAGCUUAUUCAGAAAAGGAAAGAGAAAUAUAGACAAGAACUACUGGAACAAAUGGCUGAGCAACAGAAGAAUAAAAGACGAGAAAAAGAUUUGGAACUCAGGGUUGCAGCUUCUGGAGUACAAGACCCUGAGAAAUCGCCUGAUAGACUAAAGCAGUUUAGUGUGGCACCAAGACACUUUGAAGAGACGAUACCACCUGAAAGACCCAGAGUAGCUUUCCAGACUCCUCUCCCUCCUUUAUCUGCCCCAUCUGCCCCACCCAUCCCAUCAGGUCACUCCAUCCCGUCUCAAAAUGAAGACUUGCACAACGGACUCAGCAGCACCCUUGGUGAAAUGGUGCCUCCCAGGAUUGCCCCUCUGCCUCCACCUCCGCUACUACCACCUUUGGCUAAUAACUAUCGGACACCUUAUGAUGAUGCUUACUAUUUUUAUGGGGCCAGGAAUACUUUGGAUCCGGGUCUUGCUUAUUAUGGUUCAGGAAUGAUGGGAGUCCAGCCUGCAGCGUAUGUUAGUGCUCCUGUCCCCCAUCUGCCAGCACAUCCUAUUGUGAAUACAGCUGGACCAGAUGAAUUGAAAGUUAUGAGUGAUCGAGCAGUCAAUUCAGGAUUAUUUUUUGAAGAUAAACCAAAGCCUUCAAAACAGUCACUUCAGUCUUACCAAGAAGCUUUGCAGCAGCAGAUUCGGGAGAGAGAAGAGAGAAGGAAGAAGGAGCGUGAAGAAAAGGAAGAAUAUGAAGCCAAACUAGCAGCUGAGAUGAGAAGUUAUAACCCAUGGGGGAAAGGUGGAGGUGGAGCACCUCUCAGAGAUGCGAAAGGGAACCUGAUAACUGAUUUGAAUAGAAUGCACAGACAAAAUGUAGAUGCCUACCAUAACCCUGAUGCAAGAACACACGAAGAGAAAAGGGCUGUUGUAUCUCUAGACCAAACUUUAGCCACUUCAAAUGCUGAAAACCUAGAAGAUUCUGCAAAUAAAAACUCAGAUCAUAUGCAAACUCAGAGCUCACCUUUUGCUCGGGGAAAUAUAUUUGGUGAACCUCCAACUGAACUUCAGAUUAAACAGCAAGAAUUAUACAAGAAUUUUCUUCGUUUUCAGAUUGAAGAGAAGAAACAACGAGAGGAAGCAGAGCGAGAGAGGCUGAGACUCGCAGAAGAAAAAGAAGAAAAGCGACUUGCAGAACAGAGGGCACGGAUCCAACAAGAGUAUGAAGAGGAACAGGAGAAGAAAAGAGAAAAAGAGGAGGAGCAAAGGCUGAAAAAUGAAGAGCUUAUUCGGUUAGCUGAAGAAAGAAGAAAAGAAGCAGAAAAAAAGAAGAGAGAAGAAGAAGAAAAACAUAAUUUACAACUGCAGCACUACUAUGAAAGAGACAAUGUAGUUGGACAAGAAACUAGGCGUUUGAGACAGCCUUCUCCUGUGGUUCCUGCUCUUCAAAAUAAAAUCACAAACAAACUCCAAAGACCUCCUUCAGUUGAUAGCAUCCUAAGUUCCUUUAUUCAGGAAAGUUCACCAUCCAGGGCACAGUCUCCUCCAGUACCUGCCAGAAAAAAUCAGCUCCGUGCAGAAGAGGAGAGAAAAAAUGUGAUCAUGGAGUUAUCCGAAAUGCGCAAACAGCUUCGCAGCGAAGAGCGGCGUCUGCAAGGGCAGUUGCUAUACAUGGACAGUGAUGAUGAUAUUCAUACGAGGAGGAAAAGAGAAAGAAACCCCAUGGAUAUAUUUGACAUGGCUAGACAUCGGGUACAAGUCCCUGUCAGGAGACAGUCACCCAAGGGCGUAGAUUCUGCUACUUUUCAGAAUAUCCAGGACUUUAAUGAACUGAAGGAUAGAGAUUCAGAAACGCGAGUCGAUCUAAAGUAUAUGUACCCAGAUCCUCCAAGAGAUCCUUAUACCUUAGAGAUACAGCAGCAAGCCCUACUAAGAGAGCAGCAGAAGAGAUUGAAUAGAAUGAAAAUGCAGGAAGGUUCUGAAGUUAACUUGGAUGCCGAUGCCGUGCCAAAUGCCAAAGCGCGAAGCUACAGAAUGCCCAGAGAUGACACUAAUGAUUUCUUGAAAAAUUCAUUAUUGGAAUCAGAUAGUGCUUUUAUUGGUGCUUAUGGGGAGACUUUUCCUGCUGUUGAAGAUGACACUCCUCCUCUUGACUCACAGCUGCCUUCUGCGAGGGAGCGGAGGAGGAACAGAUUGAAAGGACCAGAUGUAGAUAAUCAUCACUCUAAUGUACCACCAGAUGGUGUCUCUUUAAAGUCUGUAUCCAGUAUAAAUACUGAUCAACUUAGAUUGAAAAAUAUGGAACGAAUGAGAAGAUUGAAUGAAUUUCAGAAUAAGCCUAUUAAUACAGAUGAUGAGAGUUCACUGGUUGACCCUGAUGACAUCAUGAAGCAAGUGGGUGAUGAUGGAUCAAAUUCUGUAGCAACUGAGCCCUGGCUUCGCCCUGGUACCUCAGAGACACUGAAACAGUUCAUGGCGGAGCAGCUGAACCAGGAGCAGCAACAGGUUUCUGGAAAACCAGGCACUUUAAAUUGGCAAGGCCUGUCUACUGCACAUGGCUAAAAUAAAUCUGUAUUGGACACAGCGGUGCCUUUAAGGUGAAAGGGAUGUCAGACCAGAACUUUUACUCUGCUACAUUUGGCCCCUACCUAGAGUUUCCUUACAUUCCAUCUGUACAUAUCUUUUUCCCAUGAUGUAUAUAAAUAAAAGGCUAUAAUUUAUGUAGUAUAAAUUACAUAAUCACCUUUGCAUAAUAUUGCCAUAAGAUAGGGUGGUAACGAACUCUUGGAAUCAACUACCAUAUGUGCAUUAUUUUAAAUCCUGCUCAUCGGUAUAAGAUGACUGAAACACAAGUGUCUUUAAUAUUACUGUAAAACUAGAGUACUUGUUAAAAAUCUAUUUACUGUUGUUAUAUUUCAAAAUAAUUUGUUUAGUAAAUACACUGGUUGUAGCUGUGACUAUCCCAGUUACUAUGUAACAGAAUCCAAUGUGCUAGUAUUUUCCAUCAUUUGUAGCUACUGGUGGGAGUCAUAAUUGAUUUGACUCCCAUGAGCCAUGUAUUAUUAAAAGUCACAUCUUUCUGCCUCUUAUUUUUGUGCCAAUGAAGGCACUGUGUUAAGUUUACUAAUUUAUUAUGAUUUACCUACUUCUUGAUAGAAAUAAAUUAUUUUUAUUACCAAUGCUGAUUAUUGUUUUAACUGGUGGUUCACAAACGAAUUCUGCAAAGUGAAGAGAGGCCUGACCACCCAAGGGUCCAGUACCCUGGAAUCUUUGGUUGGCUUUCAGGGACUCCUAGAUAAGUAACUCUUUCUAAUCAUUUGAUGUAUAACAGAUGAUCCUUUGAAAAAGGAAAGAGUAAUUACAAUUCUAGGAAAUAAUCCUUUGACAUCUUUAUCACCAUGGCAACUGAGAAGACCACCUCUAGGCAUAACUGGUUGCUUACACAUUUCCAGUAACACAGCUAGUAGUAAACUAUCUCAUGCGAAAUUUGUUGUUUUCAGUAUUAGCUGCAUGCAUGUAGUUUUUAUAAUCUUUAAUCUGUUGUUUUACUAUAAAACCUAUUUUCACCUGAAA